AUGUACGGUGAUGUGCCGGUGUUCAUGGCGGAAAGAGCAUUGUUCAGGGAUCAACCGUACGCAGGAGAACUUCCUCAGGGACUAUGGACCACCGGUCUUUGUGAUUGUCACGCAGAUGGUCACAUUUGUGUUCAGACAGCUAUAUUGCCAUGCGUCUCCUUCGCUCAGAACAGCGAGAUCGUAAGCAGAGGAACCAUACCUUGUCUGAACGCAGGUUUGAUUCAUCUAGCGUUAGGGUUUGUUGGUUGCUGUUGGCUUUACGCGUUUCCAAGCAGGUCAAGGCUUAGAGAACAUUUCGCAUUGCCUGAGAAACCAUGCAGUGACUAUUGGGUUCAUAUAUGUUGCACACCAUGUGCUAUCUGCCAAGAGUCUCGAGAACUCAAGAACCAAGGCGCUGAUCCUUCCCUCGGAUGGGUUUCGAAUAUAGAGAAAUGGAGACGAGAUAAAAUAACUCCUCCCAUUGUUGUACCAGGCAUGAAGCGCUGA